CUGAUUCAUGCAUUAUUGAUCGAUCCACUACGACCUGCGCUUUUUUGAUGAAACCGAACAGCCCACCUUUGUAGGAAGAUACUGGGAAAUUGGCAAUGCAGUCCACAAUCAAUGGAAGAACACAUUCAAAGUCUUCCUUCGUUGCGAGAAUAUUUUUUUCACAGCACUGUACAAAAAAUUGCGACGCCUGAAUCAAGAGAUCUUUGUUGCCGAUCCAUUCGAGGCCAUUCGAUCUCUUGAGAGAUUCGAUACAACUGCCAAAGAGGUUCAGUCCCUCAAAAUCCUCUCGAACUAGUAGGUUGUUGUUGUUGUUGUUGUUGUUGUUGUUGAUAUUACUCAGGGUGAUAAAUACAAGUCCCAUUACCUGCGAAGCCAAUACACUGUUGCUGUUUUCUGUGAUUGUUUUAAGUUUUGUCGUGUUCUUAGUCUUCGCCUUUACGGUUCGGGAAGGUCGUACAAUCCUUCGCUUCCUUCGAUUUGUGCUCAUCUCCAUUGCGGUUCGUUUCCGAGAUCCAACUCCACCACAAAUAGAGCUAAAGAUCCACUGUACCGCCCUCAGCUGGUAAUCUGCACCCCCACAUACAUCAUACGAGAGGAAAUUCCCACUACUACUAUGGACCAACUUUACAUGUGAAUCAUUCAUUCCCUUUGAUACCGUUGGGGAUGUUAAUCCUUUUUGUGCUGUGCUUGCUGCAAUUAUAUUGCCCCCAAGUUUUGCCAUCGUGUUGACACCAUUUUCGAAGACACCCAACAGUCGCUCUUUCUGUUCUUCCAGGUCACCAACCUCGUAUGCAGACGAUUUAUCCGUGAUAUUGAAGAGCGCAGACCAAAUCCAACGCAGGGCUUCGACCUGGGAGGCCAUGCUUUCUCUCCCGCAUUCGUUGCUUGCCUGGAGCAAAAUCUCAAUGCCUUCCCGUUUCGUCAGUGCUCUCACAAUAUCCUUCGAAACCUCGAAUGAUUGGUGUUUGGGGCUGCGAACAGUGCAGGUCAUGAUCGCCUUCGCAGCCAUGGCUACACAAGCGGGAUCACCCUCGUUGUUCUUGAGAUAGAGCAAAACCCGCUGAAUCCCCCCAAGUUCUAACAUUUCUUCCAGAAAGACUGGGUCGUCGGUGUAUCCCCACUGGCACAGGUUUGUCAGGGCCGCAAUGGCCUCGUGGCGCGAGUAGUGGGCAGCAUCGACGAUCUUACACAGCUCCGCGGAGAGGUCUUCAAAGGAUGGACGUGCUAUCCCAUGCUGAUCGUUUUGAUUCGAAAUGGAAACACCGAAGGAACCCUGGGUAGCUUCUGAUGGAAAGUUCUUCAUGGCUGCCGUAGCCUCUGCAGCAAUAGGUUCAUCUAUGGUCAUAGUGAUUCUUGCCCUCUUGGCAGGCUUUUUCGAUUCUUGUCGUCCCUCGUUUUCGCUCUCCUCUGUGAAUGGUGAUUCCGACGUAAAUCGUUGUCGUUUGUUGCGAUUUACGAGAUUGAUUACUGUUCCACCUCCAGCCGACGUUGGAGAUAAAUUGUCCGAUGUCACAGAAUUGUUACAGGUGUUGUUUUUGUCGUCUCUAUCGUUUAAGGACAUCACCGAUAUAGAAUCGUCUUCAUCGAAACUGGAAGUUAUGAGGAACGGAAGCACCAUUAUAAUUUCUCGUAUGGAAAACGAAAAGAGGAAAAGGAUGCAGUAUGGUCUCCGUUAAAAAAUCGAAAACCUAGCGAGAGCGUUGUUUUAUUGUCGUGGAAUUUGUUUCAGAGCAUUGCUUGCUGUUUGAAAGAAUCGUGGGAACGCUGAUCUAUUGAUUGUUAACCCGCCUUGUCCUCCACGAUUUUCGUCUUGUUAGUGGUGGAACGGAUCGUGGAUGAUGCAAUCUUGUCUCGCCAAAAUCUUGCAAGAAAUGAUAUUUGAUCAACCGCCAUGCGCUUGCGAGACGGCAAAGCAUGCAGAACCGAGCGAGCACGAAUAGUGGCUUAUCGGAAAAUAAAGUCUUUUCUAGUCUUCAAAUCUAAGAAUCUAAAAUCUAAAAAAGAGUCAAAGUUUGAAUUUGAAACAUGCCACGACAACCCAACAAACUCAGAUCACGUCUGAAAAAAUAAAAUGCAUGUUUCUGAACAGGUGGAUUCAGAACCGAGGAUGAUGUGUAACCGGAAGUAAGUCGCGAUAGGGUCAGUCGCAAAUGCGGAGCUGAUCGUUGGGAACAAGUGAUCUGGAACAUAACAGCCAGAUGAAUCAUUCCCACCAAUUACAGAUCACUCAGAGAGACUAACUCAGCAAUAGUCAUAGUGCGACAGAGCGACGACAGAUUGCCACAUCGCUGCAACAGAUCGAUAGUGUGAUUCAUCCGUACCGUAUAGAAUAAGACAGCAAGAACAACAACGACAGGAUUCAACGAUAAAUUCGAGGAAAAAGACAGUCAACUCACAAAAUAAAAUCUGGCAAAAGAAAAGAAAGAAAAACACAGAAUAUCAAGACGCCAAAGAAAAGCACGAUCAUGGUAUCCAAAAAUAUCACACGACGACAGAGACUGUCGCAGACCUUCUACUACAUGACCUCUUGUGUAUUGGUUUCAAUGAGCUCGACAUUGAUUCUUUCCUCCGUGUCACCAGCAUCACAGCCAUGGAAUUGCAAUUCAUUUCAAGCAGUCGAAGCCUUUACGUCCCCACCGCACAAUCACCGCCAUCCGUUCGGACAAUCGUCUUUCGCUACCACUACAGCAGGAGCAAGAACGCACCUGUUUUCUUCACCCACGACAGAGGACACCUCCGAAACAAAUCCCGAAGAGCUGCACGUCGACCAUUCCCCGACAGAUUGUCCAACCGUCGUUCGAGCCCCUCUGAAAUUCAUCGGGCCCUACCCUUGCCUCGCGCUGAGAUUCCCAAAUCUCGCCACCGAAUCCCAGCGCUCUCGAAACAUCACGGGCAUCAGCCUUGACUUUGUCAUGGAUACGGCGGCAAAUGUCAACACCGUCCAAUCACAGGUAGCCCAGGAGUUGCUUCUGCCCAAGCAAGAAGAUUCGCCCGCGCUGCCCGGUGUUAGCAGCAGCGGCCCCAUGGAUGGUGGAGAUACCUACGUGCUGGGGGAUUCGCAGCUCGAGCAAGCAGCGAUAAUGGUGCUCGACAACCUUCGAGAGCAAACCGAAGAAGAGCGAAAGCAGCAACAACAAGAACCCUUCGAAUUCAUGCAAAACUUGACAGCGGCAGCUCUCCCGGUCGUAAAUCCGGGAAGUGCUGGGCUGCUCGGAUUAGCAUUCUUUUAUUGCUUCGAAGGAGGGGUGGAGUUUCGGUGGGGUUCGACGCAGCAGCAACCGCAACUUGUUGAUGGAAUGAUAGUCCCAACGGAUUUCCGGGACGAUUCGUCUCCCUCGGUGACCUUUUAUGGCGAAGAUGAUUCUAGCAACAGCGAUUCUCUGUUGCAGCGUGCUCUUUCGGAUCUGGUGCGGGUUCCAAUCGAAACGAUUCCGGUCACACAAUUGCCCUCUCUCAAGAUCAAAGUCAACGGCGUGGAAGUGAUGGCCCUGUUGGACACCGGAUCUCCGGUUACCGUCUUGAACCAGGGAGCCGCCCAGGCCGCGGGAAUCCAAACCACCCAAGACACCGCAAAGGCUGCGGCGGCCCAAACAAACAGUGCUGGAGGUUGGAAGAAUCCCUUUUCGUCGGUAGUAGACAAGUUCAAGGAAGCCCAGGCGACCGCCGAGGCAGCCGCCAAGGGCGAAAUACUCAUGAUCGGGGGAAGCGAUGGGAAACCAGUUACGCUGUACCGGUCUGCUUCUGACCACCACCCCAGCAUUUCGGUAGCUACGGGGCUGGGUGGAGACGACCUUUCCUUUGGGUCUGACCUGCCUGUGUACGUUGGUGAUAUUCCAGGCCUGGCGGCCCUCAACGGAAUCGGUGUGGACUCCCCUCCGGCGGUGGUCCUGGGCUUGGAUGUUUUGAGGAAACGACCGAGGAUGCUGUUCCGACCAAGGGAAAACGAGGUUUAUUUCUAAUCAUUAUCCAUGUAAUUUAUUGCUUUGAACUCAUAGUAUUUACUGUACGAAUCUCAAUCGUUAGUUCGUCAUUUAGAUUUUGAAUACUGUAAGUAGUAGAAGUAAAGGCGUUGCCUGGCCCAGGCGGCGCUUUCCAGACUCCCUGUCUCUCGCGCAUGCCGACCGAAGCUCUUCUGUGCCAGCUUCCUCCGAAACAUGCUCGUGCUCGGCAAUUCGUCGAGUCGAUAGAUCACAGAAUAAAGUGAUCCACCUUUG